CAUGGGGGGCCCCAUAGGGUCCACAGGGGCAUCCUUAGCGCUUCUGUCCUUCUGUUUCUGCCUCACUAACUCUUUCAGAAGCCAAACCAAAUUUCAAGGGGAUGUCCUGGCUGCCAGCUCCCUUUCAACUCUUGAUUCUUGAUUCUCUGGAGAAAGGUUCUUCUGCCCAAUCAUGCCAAAGAGGAAAGUGACCUUCCAGGGCGUGGGCGAUGAGGAUGAGGAGGAUGAAAUCAGUGUUCCCAAGAAGAAGCUAGUGGACCCUGUGGCUGGGGCAGGGGGUCCUGGGAGCCGCUUCAAAGGCAAACACUCCUUGGACAGUGAUGAGGAAGACGAUGAUGAAGAGGGAUCCAGCAAAUAUGACAUUCUGGCCUCCGAGGAUGUAGAAGGUCAGGAAGCAGCCACACUCCCCAGUGAAGGAGGUGUUCGGAUCACACCUUUCAACCUGCAGGAAGAGAUGGAGGAAGGCCAUUUUGAUGCUGAUGGCAACUACUUCUUGAACCGGGAUGCUCAGAUCCGUGACAGCUGGCUGGACAACAUUGACUGGGUGAAAAUCAGGGAGCGGCCACCUGAUCAGCGCCAGGCCUCAGACUCAGAGGAGGAGGAUGGCCUGGGACAAACACCAAUGAGUGCCCAAGCCCUCCUGGAGGGACUUUUGGAGCUUCUCUUGCCAAGAGAGACAGUGGCUGGGGCACUCAGGCGUCUGGGGGCCCGAGGAGGAGGCAAAGGGGGCAGCAAGGGGCCUGGGAGGCCCAGUUCCCCCCAGCGCCUAGACCGGCUCUCUGGGUUGGCCGACCAGAUGGUGGCCCGAGGCAACCUUGGUGUAUACCAGGAAACAAGGGAGCGAUUGGCUAUGCGUCUAAAGGGGUUGGGGUGCCGGACUCAGGGACCCCAUGACCCCAUACCUACACCCUCCCUGGACAUGUUUGCUGAGGAAGUAACAGAGGGAGAGCUCGAGACCCCGACCCCUACCCAGAAAGGAGAAGCAGAAUCACCAGGAGAUGGUCUAGUGGAUGUGAUGUGGGAAUAUAAGUGGGAGAACACAGGAGAUGCCGAGCUAUAUGGGCCUUUUACUAGUGCCCAGAUGCAGACCUGGGUGAAUGAAGGCUACUUCCCGGAUGGUGUUUAUUGUCGGAAGCUGGACCCCCCUGGUGGUCAGUUCUAUAACUCCAAACGCAUUGACUUUGACCUCUACACCUGAGCCUGCUGAGGGCCAAUUUGGUGGUCCCUUCUUUCCUGGACUUGGUGGAGGUGGCCCAGCUGCCUCAAGCAGUGAGGAUACUGAAGGCUGCUUUUCAGUUUCCCUUUCCCAAUAAAAGUGUUGAGUGUGCAUUAGGGCCUUGGCUGUGCUAAUGGCCAAAAGCCAGGGGCCUUUUUCAUAGCCUCUUUGGCCUUGCUUCAGUCCUUGAGUGUUUCCUUCCGUGAAGUUCCUCCUUGGAAGUUUCUGAUAUCUUAGACCACCUCACCUUUGUUUACCACCCUCAGUGGCAGAACUGGUACCUCUCAGGUGUCCUGUGGCCUACCCAGACUCUGCUCACCAUGUAAGAAUCUCUCACACUCUAUUCUCCGGUCUUUUCUGGGGAGUCUUGUUUUGCUGUUUUUAGGUCUUUGACUUUCAGGACCUCAGAUUCUCUGUCCUUACAUCUCCCAGGUUAUAGAGCCCCAGAACCAGAGAUUUUAGGGCUGGAGGGUGGGAAUAUCUGGAAGACUUUGGAACCCUAUUGAAGGUGAGCAGGAAGUCUUACACACUGUCUUCCCACUUAAUCUUCUUAGAUGUCAGACAGAAGUGGGAUGGGUAGGUCAGGAUCAUCCAGAGUCCCACAGAGGUAAGCACCAAUACCUUUCCUAAUCUGAUUCCUCUAUCUUUUGUAGUAGUUCUCACUGCACUUGGGUGAAGUGUGAACUGUGUACUGUGUGACGCUUAUAGGGCCUUUCAGGUCCACCUGGGCCAGUCAUGCUUUAUAAAGUCACAGAGAGGGGCAACAGCUUACUGGAAGUCAUACAGUGAAUAAGAAAGCUGGCCUAGACCCAAUGGGCUUCUUUCCCAGACCUUUCUUGGCACAAAGCCUUUUUUGCUUGGCCUUUGAGACUCUACAGCUUACAUUUCCUGGGCUCCCACAUAUGUCUUGCCCGGGACUAGUACUUAGAGAAAGUAGAUAACUGGGCUGGUGGGAGGAGACAGGUAUCACUCUACUGCCUGGAUAUAAUGACCUCACCCCCACCAGUGCUGCCUUAUACCUCACCUCACUUGAACCAACUUAGAUUGAUUUUCCAUUUUUCCAUCUUGGCUGCCCAUUGGAAUUUAUUGGGGAGUUGUAAAACACUUCUCCUCCGAGAUACUGAUUGAGAUGGCCUGUAGCCUAGGUGAUUGGUCUUUUAGAAGUUUUCAUUCAGCUGAUAACCACCAGGCCUGUCUCCUUGACUGAGACAUACUUGGAGAGAGGCCAGUUCCUCCACCCUGAUGGGGCAGCAGAGCUGAGCAUUGUGUGGCUCUGAUGGAGUCUGUUAAUUGCAAGGGAUCUGAGCACCAGAGCACAGGAUAAAAAGGAGCCCCAGGGUAGCAAGAACCUGGCUAAGAGUUAGAAAAGAUAGGGGCCAGACUGGAUGGGGAUACUGGCUUGCCUCUGCCCAUGAGGCUGGGGCAACUGAACUCAGGGCCACAUUACUAGGCACAUGCUCUGCCACUGAGCCAUACCCACAGCCCAUUUAAUAUUCUCUCAAGCCCUCCAACUUGUACUAUAAGGCCUCCUCCAGUGUCAGCUGAGAUCAGAAUUUCCUUGGCUCCAAGAAACCAUUGGCAGUAGGAUAUUUUGAGUGUCAACAAGAAAGAAGAUGCCAGUUACAGUUGUGUCAUUGAUUAAAAGGUAAUUGAUUUAAAAAAUCUUCAGAAGUGAAAAGCAGGUCUCUUAAACUGUAAGAAAUAGUAUUCUCCUUUACAGGCGAAUGGCUCCUAAGAGGUGCCUAGUCAGUAUUUGAUGAAUAUGUGGAGGCUAAGGGCAAUUCUCUCUGGAUGUCUGUAGGCACCUCAGACUCCAGCUAUCCAAAAUUGACGUCACCUUCCCCUUAUAGCCUCCUGAAUCCACCUCACUGAUGUGAAUUGGGCAGAAUAAUGGCCCCCAAAGUUAACUGUGUCCUUAACUCCAGAACGUGUGAAUGUUACCUUACAUGGCAAAGGGACUUGGACAUGUGAUAAAGUUAAUUUGGAGAAGAGAGAUUACCCUGAAUUAUUGAGGUGAGCCCAAUGUAAUCACAGUGGAAUUUAUGAGUAAAAGAGGGAAGUCAUGAGGGUCAGCAAGAGAGAGGGGAGGACUUCAUGCCACUGGCUGCAGAGAUAGAAGAAAGGGCCAUUUGUCAAGGGAUGCAGAUGUCAUGGAGAAGCUGGGAAAAGCAGAAAACAUUCUUUAGAACUUCCACCAAGAAAUGCAGCUCCCUGACAUGACAUUAGCCCUGUGAAAACCACUCUGGACUUCUGACCUCUAGAAGUGUAAGAAUAAAUUGGUGUUGUUUUAA